UCCUCUGAAUUAAAGUGCUUCUGUCAGAAAGUCCCCGAUCUAGAGCAGAAAGACGAGCUAAUUUCUUGGGUCCACCACUGAAUUCUCGCCGACAUCCGCGCCGCCACUUCCUCGUCGUCCUCUGUGCCGUUUCCUUCGCGCAGGAAGAUGAGGGAGAUCCUCCACAUCCAAGCGGGACAGUGCGGAAACCAGAUCGGGUCCAAGUUCUGGGAAGUCAUCUGCGAUGAGCACGGCAUCAGCAGCACCGGGGCGUACGCCGGCGACUCUGAUCUGCAGCUGGAGCGCGUCAGCGUCUACUUCAACGAGGCCACCGGACAGAGGUAUGUGCCGCGGGCCGUCUUGGUUGACCUCGAGCCUGGCACCAUGGACGCCGUCCGCUCCGGGCCCUUCGGCCGGAUCUUUCGCCCCGACAACUUCAUCUACGGUCAAUCCGGCGCUGGGAACAACUGGGCCAAGGGCCACUACACCGAGGGCGCUGAGCUCGUCGACGCCGUGCUCGAUGUCGUGCGCGCCGAGGUCGAGAAGUGCGAUUGCUUGCAAGGAUUCCAGCUAUGUCAUUCCUUGGGAGGUGGUACUGGAUCCGGCAUGGGCACUCUCCUUGUCUCAAAGAUUCGCGAAGAAUAUCCUGAUCGAAUGAUGCUCACCUUUUCGGUGUUUCCUUCGCCAAAGGUCUCGGAGACAGUGGUAGAGCCAUACAAUGCUACUCUUUCAGUGCAUCAACUUGUUGAAAAUGCCGAUGAAAGUAUGGUCCUUGACAAUGAAGCUCUUUACGACAUUUGCUUCCGCACGCUCAAGCUCGCCACACCCAGCUUUGGUGACCUGAAUCACCUUAUCUCUGCUACCAUGAGUGGUGUCACAUGCUGUUUAAGGUUUCCUGGUCAGCUGAACUCUGAUCUGAGAAAACUCGCAGUGAACUUGAUUCCUUUCCCCCGGCUUCACUUCUUCAUGGUUGGCUUUGCUCCCUUGACCUCGAGAGGAUCGCAGCAGUACCGCGCGCUAACUGUGCCCGAGCUGACACAGCAGAUGUGGGAUGCUAAGAACAUGAUGUGUGCUGCCGAUCCACGACAUGGUCGAUACCUUACUGCUUCAGCCGUGUUCCGUGGAAAGAUGAGCACAAAGGAAGUGGAUGAACAGAUGCUCAAUAUCCAGAGCAAAAAUUCCUCCUACUUUGUUGAGUGGAUUCCGAACAAUGUCAAGUCUAGUGUGUGUGACGUCCCUCCGAAAGGGCUGAAGAUGUCGUCGACGUUUAUUGGGAACUCAACUGCCAUUCAGGAAAUGUUCAGCCGAGUCAGCGAGCAGUUCACUCUGAUGUUUAGGAGGAAGGCUUUCCUUCACUGGUAUACGGGUGAAGGAAUGGAUGAGAUGGAAUUCACUGAGGCAGAAAGCAAUAUGAACGAUUUGGUAGCCGAAUAUCAGCAGUACCAAGACGCGACGGCUCAGGAAUACGAAGUGGAAUCCGAGGAAGAAGAGUUCGCUGCCUGAAGCUCGAAAACUGCCUGUUGUAGUUGGUUUUGUGAGGUUUGGUGAUUGUUUUUAUCCAUGUUUGUGUGCUAUCAACAAUGUGCAAGAGGAAGUUGUGAAUUGCCAAUUCCUGAUCAUAAAAUCUGUUAUUUAUGUAA